AUCAUGGUGGCCGGACACUAUGAUAUUACUCUCAGCACCAUCAUACCAACCACCAGGAAGACAGAUGAAUACUUUAAGAAGACGCUGGUCCCCCUAAACGUGAUGAGCUUUUUAGUCAGCAGACAACUGGGGAGACAGAGGAAUUAUUCCAACCUGAGAAAAUGGGUAUGGUUGAGAAUUCUGGAAAAUCUAGGAGCUAUGUCUCAAAAGUGA